AUGAUCCUUCAAAGCUUGGCCUCACCAGCCGACACAAUCCAAACCACCGUCGACACCCACCGUCGGCCCGACAAAUUAGCUGUCCAGAGAAAGUCGUCCAGAGGUUCCAAGGACCGACACACAAAAGUCAAUGGUCGUGGCCGUCGUGCUCGGAUGCCAGCUCUAUGCGCGGCACGAAUCUUUCAACUGACCCGAGAACUCGGUCAUCGAUCCGAUGGAGAAACGAUUGAGUGGCUCCUCCGACAAGCCGAACCCUCUAUCAUCGCCGCCACCGGUACCGGCAUAAUUCCUAAACAAUCUGUGUCUUCUUCAGUCAGCCAAGUUCCAAUUUUGGAAACAUCUCAUCCGAACCCACCAUCAGGUAUGUCUGCUGUUCUUCCGCCGCCGCCGCCUCACCCCAACAGCACGUUGAACUUAUGCCAGUCGAUGCAGAAGAGUCUUGAUUUUACAGGAAAUGUGUACCAGCACAUGCCCUUCACGGCGAUGUUGCUUCAGCCGGAGACGAUGGAGAUGGAGCUGGAGGAAGAGGAGGUGCUUGGUGAGCAAGAUAUUUAAACUUUUACAACUCAAUAAACAAAAAUGGUGGAGUUGUAGAGCAGCCUCUACUUUAGUAUACUAUUGUUAGAAUUUUGUUAUUUCGGCCGGCAUAUUAUUAAUGGAAGCUUUCAAUGUG